GUGCGUGCGCAAAUCGAUCGUUAUAGCGGCUUGUUUCACGUGACGGGACGGGACGGCGUCGUCAGCGGGGCCAAAAGUUCGGGUAUGCGUAUUAAUCGGGGCGGCAAGUGGACUGAAAGCGCGCAAACGCCGCCGUUAGCCGCCCGUCAGCAACGGAGACAGCAGCAGCACUAGCAGCAGUAGCAUAACGCCGGAACGUCCAGUAGUCGGCCCGUCCACGCGUCCGGUACACACGUCAUAGCCGUUGAGUGAAGUCACUCAUCGUCGCGGUCGCCGUCUCCCGCACUUCUCUUCGUCCGUACAACGUGACGCUUCAACUGGCUUUGUCGCUUUCUCCUAUCUAGGGCCUUCCCCACAAAUACAGUUACGAGACCCAGUUGCGCGUCUAAGGGCACGGUGAUUGCUGCAAAAACGGCGUGUGGGGCGUCGCCGAUCGACAUGGAACCCGUCAUCACUUCGACGACGUGGGCAACUGUGCCAUUAGCGUGACAUGGACAAACGUGAUCUUGUGGGGAAAUUGCCUCCUUUGGCCUCUUCAGAAGACCUCAGUGAGGAUAUAUGCUUAGAUAGUCCAGAUGCAGAUAACAAGAUCACAUGCUUAGAAGAUAUACAAGAAUUACCCAAUACUCCUACCAAAUCACCGAGACAACAAACAAUAUGCUUGGCUAUGCCCAAUACCCCCAGGAUAGAUAUUUCUAGAGCCAGCAGUUCUUCAUACCACGACGACAGUAGCCCCGAAAGAGAAUUAUUUGUCGAUGCUGACGGAAAAUCAGUAGAAUCUGUAAGAUCUGGCCUUGGAUAUACAGAAGAAAAUAUUAUACCUGAUUUACAUAGCAGCACUGAGGAAUUGAAUUUUCAUGAUUUAACUGAAUCUGAAAUAAGGAGACGUCGAUCUAAGUUACAGCCUCAAUAUGCGGUCUCUGAUGCAACUAUGGAUACAGAUUUCGCAGCCGAUCGAAGGGAUACUGCUAGCGAAUCUGGUUUUCUUUGUAUAAGUGGCCGAAGUAGUCGUGUAUCUUCAAUAGGUUCUGUUCAUUCUACAGCAUCUGUAGCAUCAGCUGUCUCUCGACUAUCUGCCGCUUCAAAUUAUUCCAGAGCUUCCCGGGGUUCCUCUCCACAUAGAGUAAUUUUAGAAACAUCAUUUUGUGGACCAAAAUCACCCCAUCAUUUUGCCAAUCGUCAACUACUCGUAAACGACGACGAAGAAGAUCUUAGUGAACCUACAGUAAGGCCAAAAUUGACUGAUAUUGAAACUCAAACAGAACCUAAACCAAAAAAAGUACACGUAGAAUCUAUUAAAAGAGAAAUUAAGAGUGAUCAAAUUAAAGCUAAAGUAAAAAAGUCAACAAAAAUAAAAGAUACAAAAACAAGAGAAAUAAAAUCAUCAACUAUGGAGGAAACUCCAAAAGAAAAGAAAACAAAAACUAAGUCUUUAACUAAAGUUAAAAUUGUAUUGGACAAUCCAAAAAUGCAAAAAUUUGUUCCUCUAGAAAGCCUUGACGAUGAUGAUGUUGAAAUCGUCCAAGGUAAUGCACCUAAACAUGUUCCAGUUGCUAUUCCUUACGAACAAUCAUCACGACCAAAAAAUAUUAUAAGUGGGGAAAAUCAAAUUUACAUUCCAUUGAAAGGAGAUCCAAAUGAUUUAGGAGGAAAUCCUUCAAGUCUUAAGCGUCUUAAACCGUUUACAAAUCCAACUAUAUUGAACUUUAUUAAUAGAGAUCCAGCUACCAUAGAAUCGUCUAGAAGAAUAAAAAAACCGGUUCGGUCAGGAUCUCCAGGUAUUAGAGAAGAAUUCCAAAAAUUUAUAGCAAGCGCAGAUGAUGAAGCAGAUGGACUACCAAUAAAACCUGUUAAAUUACGAAAACAAUUAAGUGUUGAUACGACGAAGCGAAAAUCAAUAGAUCAAGACUGUUCUUCUAGAUCAAUGUCACCAUCGAUUUUCGAAGAAUUCCAAAAGUUCAUAGCAGAGCCAGAAGACGGAGACGUCAACGUCGUAAAACUAGAGAGUAAAAAUCGUUCUUCCGCUAUUUCUAUUACUAGCCGUGAAGUGCAAUCAGUUGUCGGUUCUGGAAUUACAGAUAGUCCAAAUCUUGAAAGAUCAUUAUCUCCUUCUAUUCAUGAGGAAUUUCAGAAGUUUAUGGCACAGCCAGAUGACGAAGAAAAAGGCCUUAUACACAAAUCUUUACCACCAUCUGCUUAUAAAAAUGCGAUUAUUGGUAGUCCUUCAUUAUCAACUUCCAGUAACAUUCGUUCAAUCUCUCCUAGUAUAUAUGAAGAAUUCCAAAAAUUCAUUGUAGAACCAGAAGGGCAAGAUGUAUUAUUGCCACCUCCACCGCCUAGAAAACACGAUCUAGAAUUGCAUCCUGACGAUACACCUCGAAGUAGAUCGGUUAGUCCAGGCAUACUUGAAGAGUUUCAGAAAUUCAUCAACGAACCAGAUGACGAUUUAUCGGGAAGAAAAUGUGAUCCACCACCUCCUCCUAGAAGUCCACAGACAGUAAAUCUACAAGCUCAAUGUUCUCCUUCAAUUCAGGGUCAAGCAAUGAACAAAAAUAUUGGAAGAUCAAAAACUGACGAUCAGGUCAAAAUUGUACCUUUAAAAAGCUUAGAUGAUGCAAGUCCAAUAGAGACUGUUACUUCAUCAUCACAAGAUCAGAUCCUCAGGAGGCGUUCUGAGUCUUCCAAUGAAGCCAGACCAAAAACCGGUACUCUAGAAAAAUCAAAAGAUCGUAAAGGUUCGAGUCGUUCGUUGUUUGGAUCGCUUUUACAUAGAGCAAGCAGUUUUAGGGUACUUAAUAAGAAGUCACCAAAACAUAAAAGUACUUCAGAUUUUAGAAACUAUAUUGAUCCAAAAAUUACAAACGUAGAGUUCAAAUUUAAACAAGAUUUUGCCAAAAAUGAUUCGAUUAUUAUUCCUUUACAUUCACCCAAUGAAAGUCCUGCAAAAAUGUUCGUUAGUGAUUCGGAGUUAAAUAACACCAAAGAGGAUGUUCGCAAGACAUAUGAAAUUAAACCGACAAAACCAAAAAGUAAUGAAAAACAGUCUUUGGUCAGAAUAACUAAUCCUCAAAUGAAGCCGCCUAAGAAGUUUAUUGACUUGUCUAGUUCUCAAAAGAUUGAAAUUGUUGAAACUCUUACGAAUGAAACUGUUGAGAAUUACAAUUGUAUUAAAAAAAUUAACAAAGAUCAUUUUGAUAAAAAUCCAACAUCACCGCAAUAUUCAAAUAAUAGGUCUCCGAUUAAAUCUGAUGACACGUCCCCCGAUUCAGAGUCCGCAAUGUCUUCAUUAAUUAUUACUGGAACUGAAGAAGAGAAAAAAAAAUUGUUUAGCCAUCCUAGCUCAGUUGAAGAAGAAUCGAGUUGGCCAAGUAUACCAACUACACUGCCACAAGAAAGGUCUGUUGCUGUCCCAAUCAUACCUAUCAAAAGUCGGACAGCAGACACAAGUACUUGUUCCCUAGAGAGACCGACCAAGUGUAACAUCACAAAUGUGGAUUUAUCAUCUGGCUUAGAAACUUACGCUGUGUCAGCUGCGUUUGAGGAAGCCACAAUUGUGUCGGGCAAACUUCAAAUCAAACUACCAAAGUUAAAAUCCUCAGUACAAAUCGAAUCGUUGACUUCUCCUACAGCUAUGGAAAAGUGUACAAAAAUUGGCCGUCGAAGAAGAACUCGUAGUUUAAAUGCAACCAUUUCAUCACAGCAAUAUUGUAACCGUGAAAAUUGGGUUGGUUUCGAUGAAAACGAUAGUGGUAGUUAUAUCAAACAAAAACCACCAAAAAAAAUAACUGCAUUUCCAGUAUCAUUGAGACCACGACGCAAGUCUCCAAAUACGAGCGAAGAAUUCGUCAGUUGCGGGUGUAAUUGUCAUCAUGAAAAUUGGCCCACUGUCUCUUCCAGAAAUCGAACUCUCAGUGAUACUACAUAAAACAUGAUGACUAAAUCCAAAAAACAUGUCUGUCGGAAUUGAUUUUUACAAUUAAUGAGUUUCUCUUUGAAUGCGUUACAAAUUUUGCCACUUAAUUUGUUUCGUACAAGUCUGCCGAAGAUUUGCCAUCAAAGCUUAGAGACUUCGUUGUUUUAAUAAAAAAAAAAUAAGAAUAUUUGUAUCAAAACACCAUUAUUCUUAAUCAAACGCAAAAUGAAAUACGUAACUUGUAUCGUUAAAAUGGCAAAAAAAAAUAA